CGCAGCCCGUCCUCAGUUGCUAAGUAACCUCUGCAGGGGGCGGCUGCUGGAUGCUAACAGUUUAGCCGCAGUGAAGCGAGCCGCUCGGCUUCAGACGCAUAACUGAACGGGCUUUGACCAGAAGGAGGAUGGACGAGGGCAUCGAGCUGUCUCUGACCAUCGCUCAGAUCAUCCAGCGGCUCAGAGGAAGCCAUUUACACUCUCAGAUAGAGAGGCAAGCCAAAGAGUGUUUACACCAGCCUGACGUAAAACUGGAGUCUCUGAAAGAGGACGUCCGCAGUUUUCUCAAAACAUCAGGCUGGGAAAGAAAGCUGCAGAAUGCAGUGUACAGAGAGCUGCACAUCCAGCUGCCCCCGAGGCAUCCCCCGGCUCCCCCGGAGCAUCUCAAAGAGCCGCUGGCCUACAUGCGCAAGGCACAGGCCAGCUGGGAGAAGCGUGUCCUCAAAAGCCUGAACAGCAUGAGCACAGAGCUUGGAGUGCCUCUGGCUCACAUGAGGCCCGCGGCAGAGCAGAAGGAGCUCACCAACAAAUGGAACGAGAUGGGCACAGAUGAACCAGAUUUGAGUCGCUUCAGGCCUGUCUAUGCUCCGAAAGACUUUCUGGAAGUCUUAAUCGGUUUGCGGAACCCCAACCAUGAUAGCAGCGAGGACAUCAGCGCCAGGAGUCACUGGGGACUCAUCCAGGUUCCUCUCAAUGUCAGGGACAUCCCACACCUGAGAGAGGCCUACUCAGAGCUGAACCUGACCAGUGGACAGAUGGGGAUUGAUGACCACGCACUCAUCCAUCCAGACUUAUUUGAAAACGAGUAUGUGCAAAUCGGAAAAAAAGUGGUUAUGGAGGAAGAUAGUGCAGCAGCACAGCAGUACAGCAGGCAGGGCUGCCCCACCGGGCUCCGGGCAGACCUGUGGGCCCUCAUCCUUAACGCCACGAACCAGCCACAGGAUGUGAUGCAUUAUGAACAGUUAAAGGCAGGAGUCAUACAGCAUAACCUGCUGGUGGACAACCUUAUCUAUAAGGAUGUGAAGCUCACCGCCAGUAAUGACGACUACUACUUUGUGUUUGAAGAUUUCCUGUAUCAGGUGUUGUUGUGUUUCUCCCGUGACACGGCUGUCCUGGAGCACUUCAAAUACAACAGUGCCACACCUCCCAAGUCAUACAUCCAAGGGAAAGUGGGAGAUGAGGAGUGUGCUGUUGUUUAUCCUCCCAACGGUGUGAUUCCUUUUCAUGGCUUUUCAAUGUAUGUUGCGCCUUUGUGUUUCUUGUACAAUGAGCCUUCCAAAUUGUACAACGUAUUCAGGGAAAUGUACAUCCGAUACUUCUUCAGACUGCACUCCAUUUCCUCCCACCCCUCGGGUAUACUGUCUUUGUGCCUGCAGUUCGAGCGGCUGCUUCAGACCCACCUGCCGCAGCUCUUCUACCACCUCCGACAGAUUGGGGUGCAGCCGUUGCGUCUAGCCUUUAAGUGGAUGGUACGGGCCUUUUCUGGCUACCUUUCCACCGAUCAGCUGCUUCUUCUUUGGGAUCGAAUCCUUGGAUAUGAUUCACUGGAGGUAGUUGCAGUUCUAGCAGCUGCUGUGUUUGCCUUCCGGGCCGAGAACCUGAUGGAAGUGACGUCGCUGGCUUCUGCCGAGGCUGUCCUCGCUGACCUUUCGACUCUGAAGGUCAUGCCGCUCAUCCAGGUCUUUCUGUUUGCCACUGCCAUGUGAGGAACGCUGACACGGCAGCACGGGCCGUGUUACGCGCAUACCACCACCGGGAGGGAUAAAAUGCCACUUUGCUACGCCACACCCACACCCACACGAUUAACGGUCCGAUUAACAAACCGUUCGAUUCCACACCGCAUCUCGCACUGCAUCCCAAGGAGAAAGUCGAAACCACCUUUAGCACAUAUGCACCGUAAACUGUAAAUAUCAUGUUAUGAGAUGCUGUACAGUAUAUAAGCAUAGACUACAAACUAGUAAAAGGCUAAGCUGGCCUCCUUAAGCCAUAUGCUCUGCAGGGAAGAAGACACGCACACACUCGCAGGCAGCAGCGGUUGGAUCAGCUCAUUAGUAGACGUGUUGCACGAAGCAGCGAUUGUAUUGCGAGAGAGAAUAACAGUAACGUCUCCAAGCUUGGCUAAUGAAACGUUAAUUAGCGCAUGCAAUUUAUUCCGCUCUGUGGCUCCUGCUUGUUACGACGCUAUUAAAUAAUGCCGAUGCAGAUGAACGAGGAGACCGGGAUGCCCCCAGUCUGCACCAGCAUGUUGAAAGAAAGCCACAAACUAAAUUAUGCUGUUGCUCAUAUAUACAGUAAUUAGAAGCUGCUGCGUACGUACAUGGUUUAUUGUAUAAGGAGGGAAAUGCAAAUCACUGCACCCUUAAGAGACGUUUAGCGCCUUCAGUGCCAGUAUUUAAUUUACACCAUUGUCUGUGUUUUAUUAUUGUAUUUAAAUUUUAAAUAAUGUAUUUAAUUCCUGAAUGUAUUCACUUAAUUAUGCAUUUUUUUUUAAUUCAGUCAAAUCCAUUUUUGUCUGUACUUGGGUCAAAGUAUUCUCUGCCAGUCAGUGUCAAGAUCAUGUUUUUGGUGUAUUUUCUGCACCAGUUUUCAAAUAAAAUCUAAUUUUGGUGAGUUUC